AUGGCAGGAACAACGAUAGAUUGGAAGGGUUCAAAACAAAGCCUGGGUAAUUUUACUGAGUUUUCGGGGAUAGCGUUUCACCAUCGUGCUAUCGUCGCAUCGAUCCUGAUCGCAUUGACACCGAUCGGUCUGUUUGGUAAUGCCCUCGUUAUCGUCGCCGUCGUCGUCGCAAAGAAACUUCGUACAAUCACUAAUAUUUUGGUCAUCAACCUUGCUGUCACCGAUCUUGUAACGUGUCUCUGCUUCCCGUUCCUGAGCGCGGGCCUCUUAAAUCAAACAGGAAGCUAUCCUAUGCAUGAUAUGAUUUGCGCAUCUAUUGCAGGAGUCAUAAAUACCUGUCUAGGGUGUAGCACUUUGACCCUGCUCGCCAUAGCUUUCGUCCGUUGGUAUGUCAUUACGAGAUCUGUCCGUGGCCAUCAGGGUAUCCAUGCUCCAAAGAAAGUCGUUACUUUGGUAGUGCUCAUCUGGAUACAAUCGGUCGCAAGUUUAAUCCUACUACUUGUCCUAGGCAUCGGGACAUUGGAGUAUUCUACGUUCAAUCGUUUGUGUGACUUUAAAGGCACAAACUUGAUUGGCAUGUAUUUAAUCGUACUCAUAGGAAUUGCUAUGGCCAUUGUCUUGAUGUUUACCCUGGUAUUUUAUCUUCUGAUUUUGCGUCAUGUUUUACGACACCGCAAGCAGAUCCGCAACAAGUUCCCAACUGCUGAAGACAUCAGAGCUGGCGCCACAUUGAACCACGAGACCCAUGCUUCGUCGACGUCUCCAGAGUCCCGUCCAACCAAGAUCAAAGCCAUCAACAAAAUGGAAGUCGAAGUCACUCAGAAUCUCUUCGUGGUUGCUGGUGUGCUCGUGAUCUGUAUCCUACCACAAAGCAUAAUUUUUAUGAUACCCGGUGACGAUGCAUUAAGGAUCUAUAGCUCCAUGAUCAUGCUGGCAAAUAGCGUUGUCAAUCCAAUCGUCUAUGGAUUCAAGCAUCCCAUCUUCAAAGAGGUCUUCAAGAGCCUCCUUUGGCCGUCCCGUAUCACUUGA